GAUUACUUACCUGACCUGUUUGUUUGGCUGUUCACUCUGUCUGGAAUACUUCUUCUUGCAAUUCUCCUCUUCUUCCUUCUCAGAAACCCCAACUCCUAUAUAUAUACACACACAUAUAUAUAUAUUAUACGCCAUUGUAGCAGCCAAGUUUAGUUUUUUUUUUCUUCAAUUCAGAUCUCAAUUGAUUUCAUUGGGGAAGAAGAAGUUCACCGGAAAACAAAUAUGAUGUUGAGAAGCUCGUCGACGCCGAUUCUCGGGUCUCUUCUUGCGUCAUUCUCCGACAGUCCGAGCAGCAAUAGCCACCAGCACCUGUCGGAACUCCAUGGCUGCACACACAGACACACCUCAGGAUCGAAGAUUUCAUGUCUCAAUAAUAAUAACAAUGGAGGAUCUCACGGGAAGCCACUGUUUCAAUAUUCCCCUUCUGUCGGCGAGGCCAAAGGGGUCGACGGCGGUCGCUUCCGGCGGGCGCAGUCGGAGGGUAAUUUGGGGGAUUUGGUCGCCGGCGCCGGCGCCGAUGAGUUCAGCCUGUCCAAAAAGCCUGCAAGAAAGACCAAUUUUCGAAGCUUGGAGGCUAUUCCAUCCUUCUCGACUCACCUGGGAACUAAUUCCGACAGUGACGACGAACCAGAAGAAGAACAAGAACAUCAAGAAUUCGAAUUGGAAGGGUUUCUCGCUAAAUCAUCGAACAUAGUUAUGGAAGAGGGGAGGAUGUACCUUGCAACAGGGCUAGGUGUGUCCGGGCUGAGCUUAACCGCCGACAUUGGCGGCAACAGCGGCGGCGGCGGAAGUUACAGGCCUCCGGUGGUUGCCGAGGGCGGCGGCGGCGGCAAUGGCGGCCGGCCAACAAUGGAAGAACACUACAAGAAGAUGUUAGAGGGAGAUCCAGGGAACCCUAUGGUCCUUAGAAACUAUGCCCAAUUCUUGCAUCAGGAAAAGGGAGAUCUACAAACAGCAGAAGAGUAUUAUUCAAGGGCAAUCUUAGCAGAUCCAAAAGAUGGAGAAAUCCUGUCCAAAUAUGCCAAGUUAAUAUGGGAGCUUCACCAUGACAACAAAAGAGCAGCCGAUUAUUUCGAAAGAGCAAUUCAGGCAUCAUCAGACGACAGCCAUGUACACGCAGCCUAUGCUAGCUUCUUAUGGGAUGCAGAGGAAGACGAGGAGGAAGAAGAUGAUGGAAUUACCCGGGACUUGCAGCCGGUGUUGCACCAGGGCUUCGUCGCCUCGGCAUCUGCCUAAGAGUAAAAUGAAUGUUUAGAUGAUUAAUCAAUCAAUGAAGAAAAUAAAAAGGAACUGAAAGAUUUUAAAGGUGAGUGAAUAAAUUGUGAAGAUUGGAUAUGCAUUUAUCAACACA